AUGCGAAUAGCCGACCGCUUUGAGACCGACCCUCCAAUCACUGACCCUCCAAUCACAGACGACCUUCCCAAGAUGGCUGCCGACUCCGCCUCUGACGACAGCAAGUUCCUGCGGCAGGAUGACGACUUCAAGAACAGUGGUGUGGGACAGGCUGAUUGGUCGGCCAAGAAGAUGGUGUGGAUCCCGUCAGAGAAGGAGGGGUUUGAGGCCGCCAGCAUCAAGGAGGAGAAGGGAGACGAUGUGCUGGUAGAGUUGGCUAACGGUAGGAAAGCCACAGUCAACAAGGAUGAUAUCCAGAAGAUGAACCCUCCUAAGUUCAGUAAGGUGGAGGACAUGGCAGCUCUUACCUGUCUCAACGAGGCCUCUGUCCUCCACAACCUCAAAGAGAGGUACUUCUCCAGCCUCAUCUACACGUAUUCAGGUCUGUUCUGUGUGGUGGUGAACCCCUAUAAGAUGCUUCCUAUCUACUCAGAGAAGAUCAUUCAGAUUUAUAAGGGGAAGAAACGCCACGAGGUUCCUCCUCAUAUCUACUCCAUCACUGAUAACGCUUACAGGAACAUGAUGCAAGAGCGUGAGGACCAGUCAAUUCUGUGCACAGGUGAGUCUGGAGCGGGGAAGACAGAGAACACGAAGAAAGUGAUCCAGUAUCUGGCGGUGGUGGCUUCCUCUCACAAGGGCAGCAAGAAGGACACUGGAGCUGUGAGUGUUACCUCUAGUGGGGAGCUAGAGAAGCAGCUGCUGCAGGCUAACCCCAUCCUGGAAGCCUUCGGGAACGCCAAGACCAUCAAGAACGACAACUCCUCACGAUUCGGCAAGUUUAUUAAGCUCAACUUUGACGUGACCGGAUUCCUGGUUGGAGCCAACAUCGAUACUUACCUGCUGGAGAAGUCUCGCUGUAUCCGCCAAGCCAAGAUAGAGAGAGCCUUCCAUAUCUUUUACUACAUGGUGGCCGGAGCCAAGGACCAACUAAAGGAGGAGCUGUUACUGGAGGAUUUCGGGGCCUACCGGUUCCUGGUGGCGGGUCAUGUGGAGGUGCCUGGUCAGGAAGAUGAUCAGAUGUUCAUAGAAACACUGGAGGCCAUGGAGAUCAUGGGUUUCUCUGAGGACGAGAGGACAGGCAUGAUGAAGGUGGUCUCCACUGUGCUCCAGCUGGGGAACAUUAAGUUCAACAAGGAGAGGAACAAUGAGCAGGCCACCAUGCCCGACAACACAGCGGCUCAGAAAGUGUGCCACCUGCAGGGUAUCAACGUGACAGACUUCACCCGUUCCGUCCUCACCCCCCGUAUCAAGGUGGGCAGAGAGGUGGUGCAGAAGGCUCAGACCAAGGAACAGGCUGACUUUGCCAUUGAGGCCCUAGCGAAGGCCAUGUAUGAGCGGUUGUUCAGGUGGAUCCUGGCUCGGGUGAAUAAGACUCUGGAUAAGGCCAAACGUAAAGGAGCAUCAUUCCUGGGGAUCCUAGACAUCGCUGGCUUUGAAAUCUUUGAGGAACUACCACGGGACUACCACGGUACUGUAGCUCUGUGUAAACCACUAUGUACCUUCUCCUCAGGGACUACCACGGAACUAGCUCUGUGUAAACCACUAUGUACCUUCUCCUCGGGAACUAGCUCUGUGUAA